AUUUUGACAGAAGUAUAUAAUGGAUAGAUAAGUACAGAUAAUCAGCAGGAAAAAAAAUUGUUUAUAUUUUGAUCUGGAUGUGUAAUUUAUAAAAACCAAUCAGCUAUGGAUCAUAAAGACUUGGAAAUUAUCCAGUCCGGUGAUGUGGAACAAAGUGGUGCUGUAUUCAAACGGUUCGUCGAAAAGCAUUCGCAAACCUUUGAUUUCACCGUAUUCAAUCAAUCGGGUCAAUGGCCUAUUAUUUGGAACAGCAUUUUUACCAUUUUAAAAACACCCGACGCCAAUCCCGACAUAUUUCCGCAGUGUUUGGCAUCGGUGCGAAUAUUGAGUCGAAACAAGAGUAACCUGAAUCAUGCGACUGUUGAUCAGUUCGAUUGUUUAUUGAACAUUGCAAACAUUGGCACACAUAACAUCGAUUGUGGCAGUGAGGUGUCGGUGGAAGCAUUGAAAUGUUUGUGCAAUUUGGUGUUUCAGAGUGAGAAAUGUCAAGCGAUGUGUCUGAAAAAUGCAUCCAUCGAGGGAAUUGUCAAACGACUGAGGACAUACAAAGAUCACAACGUAAACUAUGAACUACAAUUCUUCGACAUGAAACUAUUGUUCAUCAUAACCGGACUGAACCCGAACGUUCGCACCAAAGUGCGGGACGACUUUCAUGGCCUAACGUAUUUGGUCGAAACAUUGGAUAUGAUAAUGAGAGAUCAGCGAAAGCAAAAUUACUUACCGGACAAGCAUAUCGAUUUGCUGUGCGAAAUUUUAAAGGUCCUCUUCAACAUCACCGUACGCAAUGAAACAUCGGUGGCCACCGAAGAGGAGGAAGAAAUCCAAUUCCGUCGAUUGUCGGUGGUGCUGCACGAUCUGUUGCUAUGUAAAUCGUACAACAAAGAGAAACAGAAUGAAUUGUGUUCGAACACGGUGAAUUUGUUGACGAACGUGCCGACGGCCUGUUUUUCAGAAUUGAUAAUUUCCAUUCACGACGAUGACGACGUUUCACAUAUCAAGGAGUUUGAGAGGCACGAUAUGACGGCUGUUGAUGUGCUGCUCGCAUUUUUAAAGGGACGAUUGGACAAUGUUCAGAAAUUGUCUGUUCAACAAGAACUUUUGUCGCCGAUUCUAAUGGUACUAGUCAAAUGUGUUCGAAGCAAUAGCAUUGAGCGUCGAUAUAUACGUUCAGUCAUUUUGCCACCGCUAAGAGAUGUGCAGAAUCGGCCUGAGGUCGGUAAUGAACUACGAAAUCAACUUUGCCGAUUGCUAACGACUCCAGCCACACAAGUUCGUGAUUUAACUGCUGAAUUAUUGUUCGUCAUAUGCAAAGAAAAUGUUUGUCGUAUGACCAAAUACACCGGUUACGGUAAUGCAGCCGGAUUAUUUGCGAAUCGUGGUCUGCUGGGUGGUCAUGGUGGUCCGUCCACUGAUUACUCAUCGGAAAGCGAAGACAGCGACACGGAAGAGUAUAAACAAAUUCAACAUGCCAUCAAUCCGGUGUUGGGCUGUUACGAUCCGCCGCGACCCGAUCCCUUUGCUGGCAUGUCCGACGAACAGAAGGAAUACGAAGCGAUGAAAUUAGUGAAUUUGAUGGAUCAACUCAAUCGGCAAGGUGUUGUUCAACCGUGCAGAAUCGGAGCUGACGGUCGACCGGAAGCGGUCGAACACAUUUUGGAACUACAAGAGGGUAUACCACAGCAGCAAUUGGAUCAUAAACGAAAGACUUAAGCCAAAGAUUGUUUUUUAAGCGAAAGUAACUUUUUUUAAUUUAUCAUUCGUGUCCGAUCUAAGUGUUUCCCAGCUAUAAGAAAAGAAUAACUAAGAAAAUUUUAUCAUUAAAAGUCGAUGUAUUCAUGUUGUUUAAAUAAAAUUCGCUGUAAUGACCUUUCUGAACACAUAAAAUGUUAGAGCGGAGAGUGGUCCAACAA